AUGUGGUACUUAAGAAAUAUUAAAACGCAUCAUGUAUACUACCUGGUAUCGCAACCCGCCGGUCAUACAGUGGGCCGUAUUGGCACAGAUCUUAUAAUAACCGGAGAUGAAUCGAUCAGUCGCAAUCAUGCCAUGUUGCAACCGUACAUGAACGUACUAAACCUAACCGAUACAGGAUCUCGGUACGGAUCGUACGUUAAUGACAACAUUGCCAAAACUGUCCCCAUUUCGAAGGAGCAGGCUACGGCACUGAACCCCGGAGAUAAGAUACGAUUCGGUCGAUUUGGAAGUAUCUGGCUGGUGGAGAAGGUAGAUUUCCGGUGUCUUACCUCAACGCUGAUAAUGGACGAAGGGCUAAAAACGAUCCUACACAAAAUUGGAGCCGAGUUAGUGUCCACCUAUACCGAAGGGGUAACGCACCUGAUAAUGCCCACGAUUACCGUCACUACGAAAUUCCUCCAAUGCUUGGUCGGGCAGGUACCGAUUGUUAUGCCAGAAUUUUUCCAAACCAUCGACAGGGAUUGUAUCGCCCAUGGUAAAGCACUGCCAUCGGAAAAAGAUUUCGUACCGGCAUGCACAGAGCCUUACAUGCGAAAUGAACCACAACUGUUUCACCUUAAUCCUUCUCGGAGCAAUCUUUUUGCGGGAAAGGAAUUCAUCUUUUUCAACACUGGCCAGUUUGGCCAGUUUGAGAGUAUUAUUAAAAUAGCCGGUGGUGUUUGUUUGUGUGCAAAGAGUGAGAAAAUUCUUAAAUCUCGCUUUCUUAAGCCGAAUGUCGUUACCAUUAAACUGAAUUCAUCCAGCACUACUCAGUCGCAGUCUCAAUCGCUCGAGACAUUGUCCCACUACUUAGCGGCGCACGGACGUCGCAUGGUGCCGGAUAUGGAAAUCGGAUUGGCGCUCAUAUUUUGCUCGACGGAAAAGUACUGCAAUUCGGAGUACAGCUUUGCGUUCAACGUUGAGGAAUGCUGCAGUUCUGUGAGUGGUGAUGGUGAUACGCUGGCCAAAAGCACGGAACAGCAGUCGGAGAGUACGGAUGCGAAGCAUACAAAUAUGACGGAAAUCCACACCAUCCCGGAAACGGAACUUCAUACUGAAGUUAAACAACGAAAUACUUUUACGAACUGUAAGACUAACAGUAUUUCUUCCCGUUCAUCAUUCGUGGUUCCAAAAGUUGAAUCCCUCAGCAAAAGUAUACCGGAAGAAAGGCGCAAGUCAAAACGGAUGCAAGAAGCGCUACAAGAAAAAAUAAAGGAGCACGAUGGUAGCAAUCUACCAAAGCGUCUCCGCAUAAAUGCCAGUCCGGUAGAAAGCGUAAGCUAUUCGCCAGUGGUCCAUUCCAAGCAAUCUGAAACUGAGCGCCAGAGCAGUGAGUUGCGCAUUCCUGAAACACAACCCACACCUGAUUCAGUCGUAUCAGAAGCUUUGCAAGCACGUGGAUUCCGUAGCGUCCAACGCGACCGGAUGGAACGGCCAGGCCAACCUGGUAAUGAACCAGGCAAAGCUCACCGUGCCAUCAAUCUGGACCUGGACGAUGACGACAUGCUAAUAUUCGAUGAGUUGGCGCCACGAAAAAAACGUAAAAUAAAUGAUGAAAAAAAAACAACACCCAGCACAGUCGUAGGUGGGAAUAGCAGAAACACUCCUGCCGAAGAGGAGAAUUUAUUCUGCUUCGACGAAUUAUCCAUCACACAGCAGCGACGUGUUACAAACCAACGCAAAGCGAAACAGACUGCUCCUAACGAUGUGCUUGCCAAUAAUCUUGCAAAAAACCCGAUCGUAGCGUCCCAUUCGGUUGAAAUACAAAAUCGUAACGCUAGCGACAAUUCGAUGCGACAAAUGUGCCGUGACUUCAUCAAGUCAAUAAAACCACCUCCCCCAAAAGCAUGGAUAUCCUCGAACAUGUGUGGCUUAGAGAAAACCGACCGUUCAUUCAACGAAAAGCAAAUUAAAUAUGAACCGCUGGACGAAACCGACGAUCCGUGCGGCAUACAUAGGGAUAGUAAAAAAUUGAUAAAAAAUGAGGAGCAUGUGAUUUCGGUGCUGGAUGUAGACAUGCAGCUAGUCGCUCGUCGACCGAUCGAUGUAAGCGGACAGGAAGUUACGUCGAACGGUGGAAAAAAUUUCAAAGCAUUCGUAAAGAAACGCAACUACCCGUCGCAGUCACUUGUGUGUGCCACGAAGUUGGUUUGUGUAUUGGACGAUACUCAGGGCUGA